AUGGCAUCGUUUGCUCCGCUCCGUCGUUCCCGCGGCCUCGCCUUGCUGGUGCUGUCCCUGCCGCUGUGCUGCUUUGUCUCAGCGUGGGGCACCGCACAUGGUGGCCGGUCACGGGUGGCCUACCAAGCCCGGCACGCGGCGGCAGAGCCCGAGCUUGCCUCCCCCGCUUGGGAGGAGAGCGCUCAAGUCGUCUUGGACAUCGUCGAAGAUAGCACCAAGGAAGAUGCUUUGGAUUGGCUCCAAGCAGGCUAUGCCUGGACGGCCAAGAGCCGACGUUUCUGGCGGAAGCUGCGCAGUCCGAUGCCACCGGAGCCGGAGGCGGUUCGGAGGACUGCGCGCUGGUUGCAGGACAAGGGCCUGGCGCAGAAAGCUUGGGUGCGGCGCUUCCCGGAAGUCCUGGGCCUCAGCGUUGAGGAUUUAGAGGAGGGAAGAAGCACAGCGCCCAGCUACCUGAAGAGCGAGGACACCUACAACAAGGCCAUCAAGUCCAACCCAACGCUGCUCGGAAAGAACUACGACUGCCUCCAGGAGCACGAGAGCUGCCAAGGGCGCUGCUCGCGCUGCUGGAACACGUAG